GCUGCUACUUCUUUAAAUCAACCUCCAAUACCCAAAUGCUCCUCAACACUUUCCCAACUCAUCUUCGUUUCGUCUAAGCCACUGACUCGCUCUCGCUCUACCUCCCAAGCUCCCAAGACAUGUCAACCUUAGGGCGGAGAGGAAUUCAUUACAUGCAGAAACUAAGUGCUGCUUCGCUAGAGAAAGGCCAAAAUCGUGUUAUUGAUGCUUCUCUUACACUUAUUCGUGAGAGGGCAAAGCUUAAGGGAGAGCUUGUUCGUGCUUUAGGAGGUUCGGUUGCAUCAGCAUCUCUUCUCGGAGUACCUCUAGGACAUAACUCAUCAUUUCUUCAAGGGCCUGCAUUUGCUCCUCCUCGCAUAAGAGAGGCCAUCUGGUGUGUUAGCACAAACUCAACAACUGAAGAAGGGAAAGACUUGAAUGACCCACGUGUGCUAACUGAUGUUGGUGAUGUCCCUGUUCAAGAAAUUCGAGAUUGUGGAGUGGAUGAUGACAGAUUGAUGAAUGUCGUAAGUGAGUCUGUCAAGCUAGUUAUGGAAGAGGAUCCACUACGGCCAUUAGUUUUAGGUGGUGAUCACUCAAUAUCUUUUCCUGUUAUCAGAGCUGUCUGUGAGAAGCUCGGGGGUCCUGUAGAUAUUCUUCAUCUCGAUGCCCAUCCAGAUAUCUAUGAUGCCUUUGAAGGAAACAAGUAUUCACAUGCUUCUUCUUUUGCCCGAAUUAUGGAGGGUGGUUAUGCUAGGCGGCUUUUGCAGGUCGGCAUUAGAUCGAUAAAUGCUGAAGGGCGUGAGCAAGGCAAAAGAUUUGGAGUGGAACAAUUUGAAAUGCGAACCUUUUCAAGAGAUCGACAGUUUCUGGAAAACCUGAAACUAGGAGAUGGUGUCAAGGGUGUAUACAUCUCUAUAGAUUUGGAUAGUCUUGAUCCUGCAUUUGCUCCUGGAGUGUCUCACAUUGAGCCAGGGGGUCUCUCUUUCCGUGAUGCUCUCAACAUCAUCCACAAUCUGCAAGGUAAUGUUGUUGCUGGGGAUGUGGUUGAAUUCAACCCACAGCGUGACACUGUUGAUGGUAUGACUGCAAUGGUAGCUGCCAAGUUGGUGAGAGAACUGUCUGCUAAGAUAUCAAAAUGAUAAUUCCUGUGACUUCCGAUCAAGAAUUUCAAAUAUUAUCAUUCCUUGAUGCACCUGCAAUUUCAGCGCCACCAGCACUCUGCAGAUUAGAUCAUCCUUCGAUUUCAAAAGAAGGAUUUGAAGGGACUUAAAAACAUUACUACUGUAGUUUAGUUGCUGAGAAAACUUUUUAAGCUUGUCUAUUUUUCUGGGUUUACGUAACAACUUGCCUUGCAGGUGGGACAUUGUUGUACCUCAUCUCCUGCAAAAAGGAGAAAUAAGCAAUAAGUUCAUUGUUGUUUC